GUGCUGGAUCCCUCUGCCCUGAGUCCUCCCCUCCCGUCUCCCUAGAGCUCCUCACAAUGGCCCCCAAGAAGAAGGAGGAACCUAAACCCGCGGCACCAGUGGCCCCACCGGAGCCUGAGCGCCCCAAGACCCCGGAGUUUGACCCCACAUCAGUGACGCUGGAGUUCACCCCUGAGCAAAUUGAGGAUUUCAAAGAUUCUUUCCAGCUGUUUGACAGGACUCCAGCCAACGAGAUGAAAAUCACUUACGCCCAGUGCGGUGACCUAAUUAGGGCUCUGGGCCAGAACCCUACAAACGCAGAGAUCAUCCACGUCCUGGGGAAACCUAAGCCUGAAGACAUGCAGACCAAGAUGCUUGACUUUGACCAGUUCCUCUCCAUCCACCAGCACAUCUGCAAGGCCAAGAACCGUGGAACAUAUGAGGACUUUGUGGAGGGUCUGAGGGUGUUCGACAAGGAGGGGAACGGCUCAGUCAUGGGAGCUGAGCUCCGGCACGUUCUGGCAACACUGGGUGAGAAGAUGAGGGAGGACGAGGUGGAGCAGCUGAUGCAAAACCAGGAGGAUCCGAAUGGAUGCAUCAAUUAUGAAGCUUUUGUGAAAUACAUUAUGGCAUCUUAAAAAGGGUCCAUGUGUGUCAGCCUUGUUGUCACUGUGGUGCUACAUCACUCUGCCUCAUGAAAUCUAUAUGUGUGAGUAAUGAGUAGUUUGCCCUUCACUGAGAAUAUAAAUACUGGAUUAUAAUUCAGGUUUGUGUGAAUCCUAUCAUGUAUACUUCUUAUUUCCAUGCUUCUACAUUACAUCUACAACUCAUCAAUAUAUCUAUUUCCUACUAUUUAUUUUAGGAUUGUGUGCACAGACUUCACACUGCCCCUGGUCGCACUGUAGAUACUCAUCAAUAAAUAAACACAUUUGAUGGA